GCGGCAAUCCACAUUGCGACCGCUGUCAGAUACAACAAGCUGCUCAAGCAGAGGCAGGGAAUUCUCACGAGCAGCAAGAACAGAACGGACUUCUUUCGGUUCAAGCGGUUUGUGAGGGCGAUUCAGAGUGACGAGUUCAAGAAGAGCCUGGCGAAGGGCGCCAAGGACCUGCCUCCGAUACCUGACGUGGCCGAUGCGAUCAACCAGGUUUUCAUCCUACUGAUCCAGAACCAGCUUGUUGUCCCCGUGACGAAGUUGAAGACGAAGGACGCAAAGGCAAAAGGCCUCAAGGUCGACAAGCAGACGCCUGCCUUGGAGAUGUCCAACAAGGCUGUCUUGCAGCCGGACGUGUACUACGCGUGGAACUACACCCCUCCAAACCCGUAUAUGCUUCUCUACUCCAUUCUCGGGAUUUGCGUCGUCUUUACGAUCAUUUUGUUCCCAUUGUGGCCGCUAUGGAUGAGAAAAGGUGUGUGGUACUUGAGUACCGGGCUUCUCUGUUUUGUCGGGAUGUUCUUUGUCAUUGCCAUCAUUCGGUUGGUAAUCUACCUCCUCACGUUGGCCUCCAUGUCUAGACAGUUGUGGAUCUUCCCUAACUUGUUCGAGGACUGCGGAGUCUUGGAGAGUUUCCAGCCGGCGUACGAGUGGGAGGACCCAAAGGCGAAGGGCAAGAAGCCGAAGAAGAGCAAAAAG